CACUGGGAGGUGUGAGCACUCGUCGUCCGUUAUUUCCUUCAUCUUCCCCAAUCUUGGCAUCUUUUCACUUUCUUGUCAAUCUCUGGCUCACCCAGCAGUGAGAGAUAUCAGAGAAUUUUGCUUGUGAUCAACGCUUAGAGGCCUAAGUAAGAUGAAUACUAACUUGGAAACACGGUCUUUGCUUGAUGAGCUUCGAAGCUUUGACAAAGGGGGUUUCUUCGACCUCGGCCACCCUCUUCUCAAUCGCAUUGCUGAGAGCUUCGUCAAAGCUGCAGGGAUAGGAGCCGUCCAAGCAGUGUCUCGUGAAGCUUAUUUCACAGCCAUUGAAGGUUCUGGGCUUGAUAAUAACGACGGUCUACCGCCAGAAGUACUACCUGGUGCCAAUAAAAGUCGUCUUCCAGGUCUCACAGGAGAGACCAGCAGUAAAUCUCUUGAGGCCAUGGUGAAAAAUACUGGAAAAGAGUCCUUACAAUGGGGUUUGACUGCAGGAAUAUAUUCAGGUCUCACAUAUGGUCUGAAGGAGGCUCGUGGAGCUCAUGAUUGGAAAAACAGUGCAGUUGCAGGAGCUAUCACUGGGGCAGCUCUUGCUCUUACAUUAGAUGACUCUUCUCAUGAACAGAUUGUGCAGUGUGCCAUAACCGGAGCCGCCAUCUCCACAGCUGCAAAUCUUCUCUCUGGCAUUUUCUGAUGUGGGGUGGAUCCCUACAUUGUACUCGAGAUUACUGGAUUUUGACAACAAUUAAGGAAACUAUAUUGUGAUCUGAAUCGUGAGAGUCUUAGAUAAACCUGCUAUCAAGUUUUAGUUCCAUAAUGAAUUUCUUGAUUGACAAAAAAGCUUUUAUGAAUUCUGGCCUAUUGAGCAUGUCUCUUUCCAUUUCAAUUUUUAGAGCACUUCAUGGUGUCCAUCAGUGAUAGUCAUUUUGUUUACAGUAUACAAUUGAGGUCUAAGAUAGCCACAUUUGAUGAGAGAGUUCAUGUAGUCUGUGGACCGUCAACCAUUUAUUGAUUUUGAUGGUUUCCAUCAUGAAACCACAUGCA